AUGCUUUCGGGCUCGAAAAGCGUACAGCAACAAACACUGUUGUUUGUCGGUACUGGAAAAACAUUGCUUGCUAAGGCUGUUGCCACAGAAUACAAUACAACCUUUUUCAACAAAUCAGCAUCCACCAUUGUCAGUAAAUGGAGGAGUGAUUCAGAAAAACUUGUCCGGGUGUUGUUUGAGCUUGCCUGGUACCAUGCUCCUUCCACAAUUUUCUUGGAUGAGCUGGAGUCAGUUAUGAGUCAAAGAGGCACUGCUUCUGGUGGUGAACAUGAAGGAAGUUGGUGGAUGAAAACAGGAUUACUGGUGCAGAUGGAUGGCUUGGCCCGAUCUGAUGAUCUUGUAUUUGUUUUAGCAGCUUCCAAACUGCCAUGGGAGUUAGAUUCUGCCAUGUUGCGGUGGCUGGAGAAGAGGAUUUUGGUUGACCUCCCAAGUAAAGAGGCAUGGCAGGUGAUGAUCCAGCACUGGCUGCCCUCUCUGAACAACAGCAGAGGAGUGGAGCUGAGAACAGAUCUGGACUACAGCUUACUGGGCCAGGAAACAGACGGGUACUCCUGCUCAGACAUAAAAUUCGUGUGCAAGGAAGCAGCCAUGAGACCAGUGAGGAAAAUUUUUGACACACUUGAAAAUCAUCAGCCAGGUAACAGUAACUUACCUAUGAUCUGCUUGGACACGAUCACCAUGGCAGAUUUCCUAGAUGUGAUUGCCCACACCAAGCCAUCAGCAAAGAACCUAAGCCAGAAGUACACAGCUUGGCAGAGAGAAUUUGAGUCAGUUUGAAAAGAAAAACCCCAAAAGAUUGAAAACUUCCAAGACUUUUGCUUUCCAAAAUGGUAUCGCCUUGCUUCCAAAGGAUUGAA